UCUGAGUGUCCUCGGUAUCUGGCCGAUGAAGGACAAAGUUUGCUGGGCUUCGUUUAAACUUUUUGGUGUCAUGAGUAUAUGUGUGUCGGGUACUUUGCUGAUAAUCACGGAUGGUUUCAAACAAACGAAAUUAUCUAAAAUCUUUAUUAAUACCUUGUAUGCUACUAACAGCUUUCUUACCUUGUUCAAGGCAGUGAUUUUGUACAAAAAAUCCAAUCAAAUCGAAUUAUUCUUACUAAAGAUGGAUAAGAUACCUUUUUUCCCAGCACCAGAUGAGAGGACGACUAAAGAUUUGAUAACGAAACGGAUUGAACGUCUACGGAAACUACUUUGCAUGUUAUUUGCAUCAGUUGUAGUAUACUCACUGAGCCGUUGAUAACCCUCAAAAUCACAGAAGCUCGCCCCAUUUCUAUUUGGUAUCCUUUCGAAUGGAAGGGUAAAUUGUAUCUGUGUCUGAUCCUAUACUUAUAUGAAGGUGCUCUCGCUAUUUGUUUCGCAACUACCUUAGUAUCUAUAGAUACGUUUCUUGGGAGUGUUCUUCAGAUAAUUGGUGGCCAGCUCGAGUCCUUAGGAUAUCGAUUGAGAAGCUUGCCUACGGAUAAUGGAAAUAUCUGGCGAAUCGAAUUAAAAAAAUGUGUUGAGGAAUACCACCAAAUAUAUCUGUAUGUCACUCAAAAUUUAACUAAAAGAUUAAUUGGAUUAAUUGAUAAUCUAUCGCUCUUUUAAUCUAUAGGCUUUGUAAAAAAUUUGAAGAAAUGUUCUCAACCAUGAUAUCUUUUCAAGCGAUGUUCAGUUGCUUAAUGAUAUGUUUGAGCGGUUAUGCACUUAUUCGGGCUCGAACUUCAGAAGAUUCCAUACGUUUUUUCUUCUUUUUCCUGGGCAUGCUUUACGAAGUCUUCUUUCCAUGCUAUGCAGGAAAUGAGGUUGUAGAAAAGUCAGAGGAGCUCUUAUUUAAUUUAUACUCAUCUAAUUGGCCAGAACUAGAUACACAUUCCAAGAAAAUGCUACUCACUUUUAGUAUUAGACUGAAUGAUCCAAUCAUAAUAAAGUUCGGAUUCAUCAAAAGACUACGACUCAGAACAUUCACGGAGGUCGUGGAUAUUUCAUAUAAAAUAUACGCCGUACUUCAACGAACGCAAAAAUAGGAGAAAUGAAAAACAGAGCAGUUUCUAGGGCGUUAUGCAAGUAGAAAUUUAAUAGAAAGGC